GGCGAGCCCACGUCGCCCACCUCGGAAUCCGAAAAACGCCCGCCACCGGAAACCCAAAGCGCCCCACCGCCCUGAAAACCAGUUCCGGUGCCGCCACCGGAAACCCCUGCUUCCCCCGCAACGCUUUUACCGUUGGCAGGUCUUCACGCCACUUCCGUCAAAAGUUCCAUACGUCGUCGCGAGUCGGGAAAAAAGUCCUAAACUACCUCGAAAAUUGCGUCACAGUGAGAAUUCCGGAAAAACGUAAAUAUCCCUUACCGAUAAACCUCCAUCAUGGGGCACUAACGCUCCACUCCCUGGCUGUACCUAACUUUUUUUUUUAAAAAAACAUAAAACAAAAUAACGCUCGGAAAUAAAGUCAAGGUUUGCCUUUAUGAAUUGUGGCUAGUGAACGAGGAAAAUGGUUACUCAAUAACUCCGAUUUCUAUCGCGCGAUUUCGUAAGUUGUUGAAGAUUUGCAACGUGAUUACUUAACCAAAUUGUCGUUUUUUUAAAGUUGUAUUACAUGUAUUUGGUCUUUAGUGAUUGGCGUUUGUGUAGUUUUACUCUCAGCCGAUAAUUCAAAUGUUUCCUGGAUAUUGUUUACAUUGAACAUCAGUUCCCGAUGAAAGUUUCACUGUUCAAACAGUUGCGUCUGAACCGGAUCCUACCGGAGAUAAUUCGGGCAGUGUCUCCCCUCGUUUCCUUGCUCAUCGCGCAUUUUACAUUAUUUUGUGUUUAUAACGUGUUUUGAAGUGCAUUCGUUCAAAUUUAAGUGCAGGACGUGGUGAAAAGAACAGAUUCUUAAUCAGUGUUUAUUCCCUUGUGGUACCUUCCUGCUGGCGUGAAAACACAGUCGGAGAGACGAAUAUUACAGGAGCCAGGUCGUUAGGUCCAGCGAUGAGACGGAAAAAAACGCUCGGCUACAACGCAGUGAGCAGAUUCUAAGCGGAUCGGAUGAAUCGGUGGAUGAGAAAUUGAGCUGUGACAAGCGAGAGAUACUGCAAGCGAGGCGAAAAUCGACACGACGGAGAGAGAUUCAUCGACUAGAUGAACGACUGCAUGGACGAGUGACUCGCUUGGACACCGCUAGAGCGAGGGCCCGGAGCCGGAAACGGAUGAGCGAAUCGGACCAACUCACAUCGGAAACAGGACGACGAAAACCCCGCUUGAGCCCCAGCCAGGUAAAAAAAAUUACCCUAACUGCCGAAAAAUCAAUCAUGUCCUGCAACUCUGCGAGGUGAUAUUCAUAUACCAUGGACCACUGCCUUGAUAAAUAUGAAGAGGAGGGACUCAACCUCUGAUAGAUCGCACUGCAAAGAGAUAAAAACUAUUUCUUGAAAAACUGUUGCUUACAUCCGAUUGGAAUGUAUCGUCAAACGUCGUGAUUGAGAGGAAAUCAUUCUGUUGAGUCUUCAAGACGAAAAAGUCGAAUAAUCAUCCAGGCAACGAUUCAAUAUGAAGAGAUGGUUCGAUAUGUUUCUGUUCGAAACCGAAAUGUGUUGAAGUCUGUAAAGCCUUUCCGAAUACAAUAGAAUUCUGCGGUUUUGGUUUGUUUCGACUGAGGACAUUUCUGCACGUCACGCGCCAAACCUGAUUCGAGUUAUCGACUAGCGACGAACAACGCUCUCGAUGUAGAAGCUGGAACAAAGUAGUGAUGAAAUCCCUCGCUCACGAUUGGUCGGGGAUGUAGGUUGCGUGACGGACAAGAAGGAAGGAAGCGCGAUCCCCGUUUUCAAUUGGCCAGUGAUGCAGGCGCCUCGCUCCUGAUUGGCCGGAUGUAGGAGCGGACCCCGGCGCGGAGCAGCGAGUCCCCGAUCCAAGUUGAAGUUGAGACAUGACAAUUAUGCUGAUUCAGCACCAACUCCUGCGAUCACGAACCGGCCAACUCAACAAGCUCGAGCGUGACGUCAUUAAGGACCAGCUGAUCAGGAUCAACCGGCUCUUCGUCUCCCGGAAGCGGCAGGCGCGCUCUGCCGCCCAGCUCCACACCUCGCCGGUGGCGCGCUCUAGGCUCCACUCCGCCGCGACUUCGCCGGUGGCGCGCUCCGCCUGGUCCGCGACUGCGCCAGUUACGACUCGCUCCGCCCAGCUUCACUCCGUGCUCGCGCUGUCUAUGAACAGGGCUAUGCGGUACUACCGGCUCUGGAUCUACACAUGCAACGCGGUUCUUCUCGUCAGCGUCGUGUGCUUCAUCAUCAUCGGAUCGAAAAUCAUAGUCUUCGAUUCCAAACGGAUGCUCAUUCCCAAUUUCACUCUGACCCAACCGAGCCUUAUCUACGCCUACUCGGCGCUUUUGUUCCAGUCCGGCUUUCUUCAGUUCAUUGGCUGCGUCGGCGCCAUUAAGCUCAACGAGAAGCUCUUGAAUAUCUACUGGCUCCUUCUUCUCCUCUUGCUCUUCGGGGAUGUCAUGCUCGGCAUAUUCUGGGUCUACAGGUAUAAGGACAUUAUGCAGCAGCUUGGUCCCGACCUCAAAUAUAGGCUCGUUUUUCAGUACCCUAGCGAUCCGAAUUAUAGAGAACUCUGGGAUGACACGCAGACUGAAUUCCAGUGCUGCGGCGUUGACUCCUUUCAGGACUAUAUUCUCUUCAACUCUUCGUACCUUCAAACAGACGCAGUCUCGUCGGCCUCGGGCGUUGAGAAGAUGACGACGACGGUGAGUCUGCCGGCCUCGUGCUGUCACGGGGCGGCGGCGGGGGGCGGCGGGGCCUCUGCGGGGGGUCCGGGGCGGCCGGUGGCGGAGGCGCUGCGCCCGACGCACUACGUCCACUCGACGACGACGACGACGACGCCGGCGCCGCCCUCGACGACCUCCGAGUACGAGCGGGACAUCUCCCUCUACAGCCAGAUCUUCCACUGCCCCGGGGCCGGGGCCGGGGACUGGGAGGCGCCGCCGGGCGCGCCCCACGCCCGCCCCCCGCGCCCCCUCGCCACCCCCUACAAACAAGGCUGCCACGACCGCGUCGCUCAGUGGAUCAAGUCCCGCGCCGACAUCCUCUUCGUCCUCGGAUUCUGCGUCAUCUCCUUCCUCAAGCUCUGCUUCCUCGGCAUUCUCAGGUAUGAAAUCCGGGAGAUGAUUCAGAAGAUCAAAAUCCUGCAAGAGAAGCGGGCGGAGAUCGAGGCGGAAGCGGCGUUCGCCAAACAGCAGGCGCCCAAACACUACGAGCACAACGGCGGCGUCAUCGGCGUUGCCAAGGAGACCAAUCAGGAACCAGGUCAAGGAAGCUGUCAAGCCCGACGGGACUUGCUCGGUUCGGGGAUGGACAUGGACCAGACGCGACUCUCCCCGGUGCUGGUGGUCAACGAGCAGGAGCGACUGUCGGCGGCGGCGGCAGGGCGACAGGAGUCGGGAACGAUGGAGAUGCUGGCGCCGGGAUACGCGAGCGCCACCUCGCGGCGGCCCCCGAUGACGCCGGCGCAGUCGCUCUCCUACUCCUCGGCCUCGCCGCCCAACGGGCCGGCCCAGUCCUACGUGAGGCGCGACUGCGAGGGCGACGACGACGAGGACGAGGAGGACUCGUUGCAGAACACGCCGCUCCUCUCGCACAGCGCCAGCAGCCCGGCCGCCGCCGCCUACGCCAACCCCUCCAAGUCCCGCCUCCAGAGGUCCUUCCUCUCCACCAUCCUCAACCACCGCGACUACGCCAACGACUCCGAUACCAAUUCGCACUGCGCCCUACUCAUCACUCAUGACGGCCUACCCGAUCCGGAGGAGGGCAACUCUGGCUCGGAGCGGAAGCGGAAGCAGGAGUCCUACCGCGGCUCCCACUCCACCAGCAACGGGAAGAGCAGCGGGAGCAACGGGAACUCGUACGAGAUGAAGGAGAUGAGCCGGAGCCAGGGAGCGUGCUCUCACUCGCACUCGCAGUCGCAGUCGCGCUCUCACUCGCACUCGCACGGCUCCUCGCAGGAGCUCUCGCCCGGGAGCCAGAUCUGACUACGGCGCUUCGUCAACGCCUGGUUCCGUCCCGCCGACGACGACGAGUUCGACCUCACCACCACCCGCCCCCGCUCCCGCUUCCCCCUCAACUUCAAGUACACCUACAAGAGGUCAAAAACUUGCGACUAAAAUACUCACCCGCCACCAGUGUUCCAAACUCACAACAGCCAACUCCGCCUAAAAAGUGAAGGCUCUGCGCCAUCCUGGCCCCUAAAAAUUGCCCCCCCCCCAAAAAAAAAAAAAAAAAAUUCUAGUUUUUCAGUUUGG